UCUGAACCGUUCCGAAAACACCGCACACCUCACCACUCGUCUCAGACAAACACUCACAGCGAAAAAGUCUCCGCGACUUCACCUCCUCGAUAUCGACCACGAUACAUCCUACGCUCAGUAGAAAUACUGAGCAUCACUCCACACCCGCCCGACACCGAAAAGCCCUCACUCGUGAGGCCUCCCUGCAGCCAUGACGACCAUGGAUCUUCGUGUGGGCAACAAGUACCGUAUCGGUCGCAAGAUCGGUAGCGGCAGUUUCGGUGACAUCUACUUGGGCACCAACAUCAUCUCCGGAGAGGAGAUUGCCAUCAAGCUCGAGUCUGUCAAGGCCAAGCACCCUCAACUCGAAUACGAGGCACGCGUCUACAAAUCCCUCGCCGGCGGUGUCGGUAUCCCUUUCGUGAGAUGGUUCGGAACAGAGUGCGACUACAACGCCAUGGUGCUCGACCUGCUCGGCCCAUCGCUCGAGGAUCUCUUCAACUUCUGCAACCGCAAGUUCUCCCUCAAGACGGUCCUCCUCCUCGCCGACCAGCUCAUCUCCCGCAUUGAGUACAUCCACGCCAAGUCCUUCAUCCACCGCGACAUCAAGCCCGACAACUUUCUCAUGGGUAUCGGCAAGCGUGGCAACCAGGUCAACGUGAUCGAUUUCGGUCUGGCCAAGAAGUACCGUGACCCGAAGACGCACUUCCACAUUCCAUACAGAGAGAACAAGAACUUGACUGGUACCGCCCGAUACGCUUCUAUCAACACGCACUUGGGCGUUGAACAGUCUCGCCGUGACGACAUGGAGUCGCUCGGGUACGUCAUGCUGUACUUCUGCCGUGGCUCUCUCCCAUGGCAGGGUCUUAAGGCGGCCACCAAGAAGCAGAAGUACGACCGCAUCAUGGAGAAGAAGAUGACUACUCCCACUGAGGUCCUCUGCCGCGGCUUCCCCAACGAGUUCGCCAUCUACCUCAACUACACCCGCAGUCUCCGCUUCGACGACAAGCCAGACUACUCCUACCUCCGCAAGAUCUUCCGUGAUCUCUUCGUGCGUGAAGGCUUCCAGUACGACUACGUCUUUGACUGGACCGUCUACAAGUACCAGAAGAACGCGCAGGCCAUCGCUCAGGCGCAGGGCAACGGCGCUGCCGCUGAGGAGGGUGAUGACAAGGCUGGCCGCAAUCGCUCCGCUCAGGCUACUGGAGGACAGACUGGUCUCUCCAAGGACCGUCGUGGCGGCGUCCAACCGAGAGCUGAGGGCACUGGAAUGUGAGUGCGCACAUACACAUGACCUGCCUCCAUACUCUCCGUCUUGCAACUUCGCUCCAGCAAGCGCGGCGCUGAUCAGCCCGGUUACAACAACUACUGAAAGGCCCAAAGAGCAUCGGCAGGGUUGCCUCACACUCUCAACUUUUGGUGAAGAAUUCAAUGAUGUCCUCGAGAUCCAUUGACUUUUCACUCUUCUUUCUGGCUCAGGACCCACUGGCGGACUGGACUGGAAGGAAACUUUUCAUAUCGGUUAUCGGUGUACACACAUGGCUGUCUGGUCGUUUCGCUUCUCGCAUGGUUCUCUGUUCAGGUGCAUGCAGCUCGGCUCGAGUUGCAUCAAAGCUUGGACAUGAAGAACUAUGCAUUCAAGAGAAGCGGACGCAGAUGACUGCGGAUACACACGCAAACAUCCAAGCAGCAUUUCUGGCAGUGUCACUCGGCAGGGUUUUCGGCUUCUCAUCUCGGCAAAUGAACCACUCUCCCCUUUUCAAUCCGACUGGGAAGUGCACGAUGAUGGAGCUGGAUUCACCUGCAGGUCAUGGAGAGGACUACUAGAUCUUUCCGACCACCCAAACGACCGAUUGAACUUUGUUCUCCUUUUCGCGGAUUUUCCUUGUCAUCUUCGACGUCCCCAACAUGCACUACAUCGCAACAACCCCUACAUGAUCAACAACAACUUUCCACCACCAUCAUACACAAGCACGAAUCCAUCACAUGCCCUUUGCAAUACAUCAUCUACACAAUCACACCACCCCUAUCCGGACCUGGACUUUCCCAACAGCACACUUCCCAGCACAAUUUCUCGCGGACUUUCUAAGCGCACGGGCUGCUUUUCAACGAACAUCGAACCAGGAAAUCAACACAUCACAACGGCGGAGUACGGGGCGAAUGGGACAAGUGGUAAUGGGUGGUCUGAGAAAUCAGAGCGAGGGGCGGAAUCGGAAUGCAGCGAAGGGAGUGAAGACUUCCGGGGUUGCGUUGCGGAUGGAGGAAAAGUGCAGCUGCUGUUCGGACUACAUGUGGAGG